UACUGCAGGUUGCGAUAGAAGCCCUUUUACUGUUAUUUCCCUGUUAAUUCGUUGCUUCAACAUUUGUAAUUAAUGCAUAAGUUUACGCGCAAGAACAUGGGCUGUGUAAACAGCGUGGAGGCAAGGACAGCAGCAGAACGGUCCAGGCAGAUAGACAAAGACCUGAGAGCAGAAGCAGAGAGACAAGCUCGUGAGGUCAAGCUCUUACUGUUGGGUGCUGGAGAAUCGGGAAAGAGUACCAUCGUGAAACAAAUGAAAAUCAUUCACGAGGAUGGCUUUACGAAAGAAGACUGUUUGCUGUUUAAGCGUGUUGUCUACAGCAAUACCGUUCAGAGUAUAGUGGCGAUCGUCAGAGCGAUGGGUCAGCUAAAGAUCAACUUUGCUGAUUCGGACAGAGCGAUCAUCUCCAGCAGGGCCAGGGAGUACCAGCCUGAACGGACAUCUGCUCCAUACUACUUGAACUCGUUGGACAUCAUUGCAUCACCAGAAUACGUUCCAUCUGUUGAGGAUGUCUUACGAACCCGCGUGAAAACUACUGGAAUCGUUGAAACUCACUUCCAGUUCAAAGGCCUCUAUUUCAAGAUGUUCGAUGUCGGCGGCCAACGAUCGGAAAGGAAGAAGUGGAUCCACUGCUUCGAGGGGGUGACAGCAAUCAUCUUCUGUGUGGCAAUGAGUGGAUACGACCUGGUGCUAGCAGAGGACGAGGAGAUGAAUCGGAUGAUAGAAAGCAUGAAGCUGUUUGAUUCCAUCUGCAAUAACAAGUGGUUCACGGAGACCUCCAUCAUCCUGUUUCUCAACAAGAAAGAUCUGUUUGAGGAGAAGAUUAAGAACAGCCCUCUGACGAUAUGUUUCCCAGAGUACACAGGUAACACUGAAUCUGAUUUUCCCUCUGACGAUAUGUUUCCCAGAGUACACUGGUAA